AUGGAGAUGGUGUUGACUGGAAGGGAGGUGGGUGCGGAGGAGGCGAGGGAGUGGGGAUUGGUUAAUGCAGUCGCUGAUGGGGGAAAGGGGGAGGGGGUUGUGGAUAUGGCGAUUGAAUGGGCGAAGGAGAUUGCGGGGAAUAGUCCUGAUAGUGUGGUUGUUAGUAAGGAGGGUGUGCAGAGCGCAUGGGAUGGAGGGGGCGUGGAGGAGGCGACUGAGAGUUUGGAGAGGGGGAUCUAUGAGGACCUGGUUGGGGGAGAAAAUUAUGGGGAGGGCUUGAGGGCCUUUAGUGAGAAGAGGCGACCGAGGUGGGGGAAUAAAUGGUUCGAUCCAUAUGAUUGA